UUUGUGCGCUGUUCGGCUUCUCUGUUACUGGAAUUUCGGGCUGGAAUCCCUGGCUUCAAAGUAUGGAUGUAUUUAAGACAGAGGAGUGAGUCUGCUGGGCAGACAGGCAGGCAGUGAUUCUGACUGAGCUCCUUUCCUCCUGAACACACUGCUCAGACUCGGCCUUACCAUGUCCUGGUUGUUGGCCAUGUGGAUUAGCCUCGGCUUCCUGCUGUUGUGCCAGGCCACACUCUACCAGACCAUCCAGCAGCACCAUGUGGCCCGUCCCGGUCGCACCGACAUUCUCACCUUGGAGGGAGGUACGUGUGAGGUGAUUGCCGCCCACCGAUGCUGUAACAAGAAUCGUAUUGAGGAGCGUUCUCAGACAGUCAAGUGCUCCUGUUUACCGGGGAAAGUGGCCGGGACAACACGCAACAAACCCUCCUGUGUGGAUGCGUCCAUUGUAAUUGGGAAAUGGUGGUGUGAGAUGGAACCAUGUCUGGAGGGAGAAGAGUGUAAGACUCUGCCUGACAACUCUGGAUGGAUGUGCUCCUCUGGGAACAAAAUCAAGACCACAAGAAACACCCAGCCAUACUCCCCUUUUUAGCUUCCGGAAGCAAAAUGCAGAGGAUGGGUCAACAGAAAUUGAGCUGCAUUCUUGCUUCUGUAAAGAUUCAUCCCAGGACCUAACAGAGAGCUCCCAUUGCAGGGCUGCGUGCCAGGCUCUUACCUUCAUCUACCCUUGCUCUACCCACCGAACGGACUAAAACUAUUACAUCCACGGCUACUGACUGGAUUACCUGGGACCACAGAAAGGAUAUCAACCCAGAUAAAACAGAUUUGCUCGUGUGGUGCCAAGGAUUUGAAACCAGACUAAUCCCCUGUUUGAUCAAUGAGCCCCAUGUUGGUGACUCUCCUCUUCCACACAGCUGUGGCCAGUUUCCGACCUACUCUCUCUCUGUUUCCCUUGCUCUGUCUUCCCCUCAAAAACUGAAAAGGCUUAGCAGGGGUUAUUUAGAAGUUGUUAAUACAUUAUAUGAAGACAUUCGCCCUGCAUGAAGGUAAACCGGUUUAGGAGACCUGAACAUGGGAUCCACAGAACUGAGGGCAAAAUGAGGGAAAUUACCGUUCUACCCUUUUAUUUUUGUGGCAGGCAUUUGUAUUUGACUUGCUACCCCAGCAGGAUGGCCUUGCUGUGACAACACUGAGGAGGUUUGGUUAAAAAACACUGGAUUUUCAGUGACAGAGACCACUAACAGCCUAUAAUGAGUUAAUGAAGAAUCUUUGAGAGGCAUUAGGGUCCACAUGGCCUCACCUUCAUCCUUCGUGAUGGACAUUUUGACUUUUAUUCGUGGGCAUGCCCGAUGUAAAUUCAUGAGCACUUCUUUUCUUUGUAUGUAAGAUAAUUUGUGUGUAUAUACAUAUAUAAAUACAUCACAUAUAAGAUGACAGAUUCAAAAAGCUGAAAAAUAUUUUUAAGACUCUAUUAGGAGCUUGAGCCCCAUGGUGGAAUAUUGAUCGGCCACUGAAUAGUACAGUUCAUACUUAUUCAGAGCCUGUUGUCCCAAUACAGUAGGACGUUUGCCGUAUAUGCUUGCUUUGAAAAAAGCCACAACAGAGUCAUAAAUAUAAGUAUUGGUCACUUUCGUCAUUCAGCAAUGUCCUUGGUAAAGCCAGAACAUGCUUGUAGUUUCUGUAAACAUGAGGAAAACACUGUAUAGAACUGCCUCACAAAUGAAAGCAGCACUAACAACAGCCCCUGAGCUUUCCACUAAGAUACAGUAGGGACAUGGAACAGCAGCAGAAAAACUCAGACCAUAAUCGGACAAUUAGUGUCUAUUUCUGCUGUGGAAUGUGGUCAUGGGCGACUGCGUGUUUGUCGUGUAGAUCUCUCUCUCUCUCUCACACACCAGAGAGAGAUGAUUUAUUCAAAAUGACAGUGAGAAAGUAUUAGUCACAAUGGAGAAACAUA